CAAUUUUCUUUUGCAGAGCUCAGCAACCGACCCCAGCAAUCAUGAAACUUUCAAUUUUCCAACCAAAUGAUUCCAGCCGUCGCCCAAGUGACUCUAGCCGUCGACCCAUCCGUCGCUCCUUGUCUUCAGAUCCAGCAUCUCAGGCAGUGAUGCUAGAAGAACUUGGAGCUCCUGCGUUGUCUUCUUCGAGCGAUCAUGGUUCUCCUGACAAGCCCAAAACACGCAAGAGCUACGUCAAAAGGGCAUCCCUCAAGAGAAGCAGCUCUUCGAGUUCUUCCAAAGACCCAGCUGCCGCUGGAAUGGAUGAUUUCGAACUUCAGUUCAUGCAGCACCUGUGUUCUACAGAGGGCUCUCAGGAUAUUCGAGCUGCUAUGCAAGUUUUUGCCGUGCACGACAAGGCACCCCAAAAGCGCAUGAUCAGGUCAAGCCUCAAGCACAAGAAGUAGUUUUUGAGUUCAUCUUGAAAGCCACAUCCGAGUCCCCAUGGAGCAACUGCCCAAAAUGAGACGGAGAUCCACCAAUCACAUCAACAUAAAUGCAUCAUAAUACAUGUUUUAAACUACAGUCGUAUAGUAGACGAAAAUUGAACAUAUUCCACCAAUCGUUUUCUUGAAGGGGGCUCUCGGUGGUACCAGUACCGUUCGCAACGCGGAC